CUCGCCGUUGCACUCCUUCCACCACUUCCACCACCACCACCCUUACUCUCCCGAAUUUUGAUCUCAGACAUACCACUUGUCUUUCUUUUAGAGUCAUUGAGCCUGACUCUUCGACUCAAAAGUCUCGCAGCACCAUCGUCCAGAUACGCCCAGCCAAUCCUCAAAUAGGCAGACGUAGCGUUUUCGAGUUUCAUGUCAUCGAGAGCCCGCCUCAACCACCAUCCCGUCAAUCGUCGACUCGUCUUUGAUUGUUGGAAUAUCAACAUUCGAAGAGCUAAGCCGCCAUUUUGCUCGUCACCCAUUGACGACAUCGACUGUUCCUGAUGCAUUGAGGUGUUCGCUCCUCUCUUUCAGAACCAGGCAGAAUCUUCUUUUCUUUUUUCCUCCUUUCACCAUUUGUUGUUCCCCUUUCGCCUCUUUCGGCAUAACGACUUGCAACCAUGGCUGUCGUCAAUAUUCGUCGUGACGUCGACGACAAGUUUUACCGCUACCGCAUGCCCCUCUUGCAAACCAAGAUCGAGGGCAGGGGCAAUGGCAUCAAGACUGUCAUUCCCAACAUGGCCGACAUUGCGCGAGCCUUGAGCAGGCCGCCGACCUACCCAACGAAAUUCUUUGGGUUCGAGCUCGGCGCCCAGACGUCGUCGGACGAAAAGAAUGACCGCUUCAUCGUCAACGGUGCUCAUGACGCCGAGGCGAUGCGCAAGCUCCUCGACGGUUUCAUCGACAAGUUUGUCCUCUGCGGUGACUGCAAGAACCCCGAGACGGAUCUCAAGAUCACAAAGGAUGGCAUGGUGCUGCGCGACUGCAAGGCGUGUGGCAAGCGCAGCGACGUCGACAUGCGCCACAAGCUGACGACCUUCAUCACCAAGAACCCACCUCCAAAGAAGAAGAAGGGUGCAAAGGGCGCGGGCAAGUCGGCUGGCCAGACGGUCGACGACGGCAACGACAAAGAAGACGAAGCUGGAAGCGACGACGAGCUGACUCGCCGCAUUCAGGAGGAGGCAAAGGAGAUUCCUACGGCUGAGCAGCGUGGAAAUAACGCCAGCGCAGCAGAUGCUGACAACGAAUGGUCUGUCGACACAAGUGAGGAUGCCGUCAAGGCCCGUGUCAAGGCCCUCGAAGGCGGCCUGCAGUCUGCACUCGUCAUCGGCGGCGGUGACGACGAAGACGGCGAUGAAGCCGAGGACAGCCCCUACAACCAGUUUGGCGUCUGGCUGCUCGCCAACCGCAAGGGCGGCGAGGAAGGUCGCGAGUGCACGGCGGCCGAGGUGUACAAGAGGGCGCAGGAGCUGGGCAUCGAAAAGAAGCACAAGACCGUCCAGGUCCUCGUCCAGGGCCUCUUCACCGAGGACGUCGUCGCAGAGCUGAAGAAAUACGGCCCCGUCGUAGCUAAGAUGACGACGUCGGAAAAGCACCAAAAGUCGCUCCUGGGCGGCGUCGAGCGCCUGGCUGGAGUGCAGUAUCCCUCGCUGAUCCCCACAGGCGUUCCCAAGAUCCUCAUGGCUCUCUACCAGCUCGACGCGCUGGAGGAAGAAGUCGUCAAGACGUGGGCCACGCACGUCUCGAAGAAGUACGUCGACAAGGAGACGUGCAAAAAGGUGCGUAAGAGCGCCGCUCCUUUCGUCACUUGGCUCGAGGAGGCCGAAGACGAGAGCGAGGACGAUGAGGAUGAGGAUGACGAAGACGACGACGAUGAAGACGAAGAAGAGGCUGCUCCUAAGAAAGUCGCAAACGGUAGCUCCAAGAAGCCCCAGGUCAAGGCCAAGGAGGAAGAAGACGACGACGACGACAGCGACCUCGACAACCUCUGAUCUUCUCAAGUCCUCUUACAUCACCGCUCAUCGACUCUGACUCUAGGUCUUCUCAGCUUAUGAUCGUAACAUUGAUUACUUUACAAAGUGCGAGAUCCUCCGCCACUACUGGAGGUGUGACCAUGGAUCGAGUUGUGUGAAGGAGUUCCGCAAG